AUGGUGACUCUGAGCGACAUACGUCCGCUCCUACAUAUCGCGAGAAUUUUCGGAUGCGGCCUCUACGUGGUCGGCGAAGACGACAUCGUGACGAUGAAGUACAGCGCCUUUUACACGGCCUUCUUCACGCUGCUGUAUGGGACCGUUUGCGUGACGAACUUUUACGCGCUCACGAAGGAGGACGCGCUGGGUCCGCGGCUGUUGGCGCUCACCGUUGCGAGAACGGGCCUCUCGUACACUUGCGUCUUCGUCGACAUCGCGUUGACCUCCUGGUACGAAUGGAAGGUACGAGCCGCGCUCUCGCAGUUACGCGUCUUCGAUCGAGCUACGAAGUACAAGGAGCACGCGAAAACCUACACGGUACGCUACAUCAGUUGGAUCUUGUCGUUCGUUAUUAUGGCGUUUUGGUCGACAGCCGGAUACUUGACGUUUCGUUGUGAGCCUAAAGAUCCACUAUUCAACGGCCUGACUUAUGCAUUUAUCAACACAACGCUGUCGAUGCAGUUAUUGAGAUUCAUCAGCCUAUCGUUUCUUCUGCGCGAGAGAUUUCGCCGACUUUGUGAAAUAUUGUUGCUGCCCGAAGACGGUAAAAUCAUGGUGGUGGAUCGAUCGGCCAGGCAGCUGCGCUUGCAGGAGGUAUGGUGGCUGCAUUCGUGUCUCGCCAACGCCACGGAGCUGAUAAACUCCGUGUACGGGGUGCAGCUACUGUUAUGGAUCGCUGGCGGAUCCUUCAACACCCUGACGCGCAUCUACACGAUAAACGAGCACACCUCGUUGUCAACCUUUCUGAUCGCUAGAGAGACAAUGAUGGUGUCAGCUUGCGCGACGAAUCUUCUACUCAUCACCACUGUCUGUCACUCGAUCGCCGGGCAGGCUAACCAUGUCGGAAAGAUCGCCUUCUCGCCGUCCUCGGCCAUUGUCGCUAAACGCAAUUUCGCACAGGACUAUGGUGUGGACGCUGCAACAUAUUUUCAGCUGCACAAGGUGCACUUUUUCGCCGCUUUCGGGCUUAUACUCAUCGAUCUUCCUUUGCUCCUCUCGAUAACUUCCGGCAUCACCACAUACUUGGUGAUCCUUCACACCGCCAACAGCUAAUGUAAUCUCCGUGAACGGCGCGCCGCUGCGCCUCUGCGAUUGAUCGCACGUUCGUUUGAUCGAUCGAUUGGUCCUCCCGCUAAUUCCACCCUCAUCUUUCCUCACUGCUUUGUGGAUCGACGCGCGUUGAAAAGGAAAAGGCGCCCACGGUCCGUCGCUCGUGUGAGAUAGGUAAAGAGCUGUGUACGUUAUCGUUUGGUUGUCUCGAUUAAUCUUUGACACCAAACGCUGCAGAUACGCCGGAAGGAACGAGAAGAGCGUCUGUAACAGAAUACGCAUAAAAUUCGGUCGGCUUUUUACGAGAAUGCGCGGCAACACGAGCCUCGAGCUAGUUGUAGUGGCCCUCGAUCGAAAAUGAACGGUGGAUGGCGAAUGAAAAUAGUCGAAGGGAAAAAAAGAGGAGAAAACGUCGACGUUGUUGCUGCGAAUUGCCGCGAACAAUGACGGUAAUCGCGGCACAUUCUACCGCGUUUGCACCGGAAAGCUCCUCCUCAAUCGGUCGGACUCGGCGAAUUUCGAGCUCACACAGGUGGAUAAUUGUGAGAUACGAGGGGAGAGUGUGCGGGUAUUCGUGGGAAAACUUAGGAAUUCUUGAGAAACUCGGGGAGAACCCCGUAAAAUGUGGGACAGCAAGGCGAGAGAGCGUACUUUGAGCAGGAGAUAAGACGAAGAUUUGCAUACGUUCUUUGCUCUUAGCGAGCGCGGCGUCGACGCCGUUAAGAGAGCUGGAAGAUUGGGAGAGACAUUCGAUUUAUUUGGAGGAAAGAAGGAUUCGCGCACCCUCGGCAAUCAAUCUCACUGACAGCCGGCGUAAUACCGGUGUGCGUUGAACAGAGGGAAGUCCGGGCGGGAAGUUCCGAUUGUCACUUAAGAUUACGACGCGGACGCUCGGGACGGUGAAUCGGCGCGUUCGAAAAUUCAAUUCGACGAAUUCCGUGACGGUACGUCUUCCGCGCGUACGAUGCGUGCUGGCGUUUUCAUGAAGGAUUAUAAAUUCAAACACGGUAGAGCCACGAUGCCAGAAAGGGUGUCUGUAUUAUGAAAUGAUGUCGGGGACUUUUAUUUUGGAACGCGAGCACAUAGACCGAAAGCGGAGGAUUCGAGCGGCUCACGUUCCCGAUAAAACGGCAUUUAAUCUUGGAGUGGUUAUGCGCCUAAAUGCAACACAAAUCGUCGCAUGGAUGACGAGUAUCCUCCAUUUUAAAUCGACAUUCUCAAUAAAGCAAAAUAACUUGAGAAAAUGAUAAUAAAAAGUAAUUUAAACGUAACAAAUUUAUUUACACGGAAAUAACAAUCAUAAAAGAUCUUAUUGUAAACUGACAAGUACAGUUCUUAACUGACAAAUAUUCGGAAAUCUAAGAUAAAUGCUUGUUAGUAUUUUUCGAAAAUUACAUUUCAGCGCGCAUGGAUGAUGCCUGUUAUUCGCGCGACCAUUGUACACAGAAAAAAUUUCUUUAACUGAAACGAAAUUGUCUUUUAAAUUAAGCAAACAAGCGAA